AUGAUGAUUUAUUCUAUUUUAGUCGUAAUAAUUAGUGUUCUGAUAAAUUUUACUCAUCAAACCAAAAUAAACUAUCAUUCUAUUGUUGUACAAAGUGGCUCAACACCAACAAUUGUUGGAGAUAAAAAUGUUUUACGUCAAAAAUAUUUAGUUGCCAGAACAUUUAAUAAAAUUUAUAUUGAUGGUGCAUUCAACGUUUAUUUAACACAAGUAAAUAAUGAUAUGAAUUCGUCAUUGGAAGGAAUUGAAAUUGAAACGGAUAAAAAUAUUCAUGAUUUUAUUAUUUGUGAAGUGACAAAUGAUCAUAUUUUGAAUAUAAAAAUGAAACCUAAUGUAAAUUAUAAAUUUACCGAUAUGAUUGUUUAUAUCAAUUAUAAAGUAUUAGUCGAACUUUAUCUAAAUGGCAUUGGUAAUACGGAAACAACAAAUCAAUUAAUACAAAGUGAAAAAUUGAUAUUACAUAAUGAAGGCACGACUAGUUUUAAGCUCAAUGUCAGUGUACCAAUGAUUGAUGCUUUUAUUUAUUCAACUGGUCAAGGAAUAUUAGGUGGUAGUUGUGGUGUGACAAAUAUCAAAGAUACAGGUGUUGGCGAUGUUGAUGCAUCGAAUCUUAUUACUCAAUAUGUAAACGUUGAUGCAAGUGGUGUGGGUAAGAUAAAAGUUUAUGCUAUACGUGAAUGUAAUAUUCGUGCCGAGGGUGUGAGUACAGUCUAUUAUAAAUGUCCAAUUAAAAAACAAGAAACACAUGGAUUAGCAAAAAUUAUUGAAUGGUAG